AUGGUCCAACGCGAACGCGCCCUGGUGGAUGUGGUGGCGGUGAUCAACCUGAGGUGGAGCAUGGGCUUCGACGACAAGUGCGGCCACCGACCGAACGACCGGCUGGUGCAAGUGAAGGAGGCCAUGGCCAAGGUGAUCGAGAACCUGGGUGUCGCCGCCCAGAACCGCCUUGCCGUCAUAGGAUUCGACCAAGAGGUUGCGACGAGAACGGAGCUUUUCGAUAUGACUGCCGAAGGCCAGCAAAGUGCCACGGAGACUGUGAAUGCGCUGAAAGCCAUGGGCCGGCCGUUCACCUUUUCUGUUGGCUUAAAUGAGGCCAAAAAGAUCCUAGAUGGGCGCAGUAUGCCGGAGAAGCGGCGUAGUCUAGGCUUCACCAUCUUCGUCUCCAACGGAGACGACAUCACCUUCUUAGAGAAAGACAUCCCGACAGCGUACCCAAUCCAUGCUUUGGGUCUCACAGCACAACACAGUCCCUCCAAGCUGAAAGCCAUGGCCAACCGGACCCUGGGAAGCUAUACUCCCAUCGAGAACGACCUCGAGACGAAGCUCGCCGAGAAGCUGGACCAGCUUUCGGUCAGGCUCACCUCCGUCGUCGCCGUCGACACGGCCAUCGACCUCACGACACUGCACCCUGGGGUGUUCGUAUCCAAGCUAGAGUCGUCUUGGGCCUAUAACGAUGCUCUUGUUUUCUACAAGAGCGAAAUCGGUGGUGGCAAGACGUCUGGCAAGGUCGUCGUCGGCGAUGUGUCCGCUGGAGAAAUGAAGGAGUUCACCGUCUACCUGGAAGUGCCAGCUGCACAAGGCCAGCAGGACGGCAACGGCACCGACGACGACAUUGUCAUGGAGCUGCUGAAGGUUGGAGGCGUGUAUAAGCAGAGCUGGGACAGGGACAAGAAGAAGGUGCCGCUCGGAGAGUUCAUCGUGACCGUCGUUUCCGAUAAGAAUACGCAGGAGCUUGACUGGAUUGAGGAGCGGGUGGCGUACUGGUGCAAGGUGAAGCUCGACCUGUCGGCGAUGCAUGACAAGGCGGAGGCGGAGGCAGGGGUGAAGCCGGCGGCGUGGUCCGGUGGGGAGGUCACUGAGGCUCUUGCUCUCCAGGAGGCAUCCGUGGAGGCCAUCAACAGAGCCAUGCACCACGACAUCUACAACGCCGUCCUGCUUGCUCUCAAGCUGAGGCGCGGCGGUGACAGUGGCAAUAUAUGGCGGCAGCUCCGCUAUAGAAAAUUCACCACCCACGCCACUGCACUCUGCCAAGACACCAGAACAUAG